CUAACUAAUUCUCCCCCCCUCAGAUGUGGCAGCACCAUUCGCCUUCCCCGUGGACCUCCAAGCUUACCCCACCUACUGCACGGUGGUGGCUUACGUCACUGAUCUCAGCACCAUGAGAGAGAGGCUGGUGAACCGCUUCUACAGACGCCUGUCCUCCCUGAUGUGGGAGGUGCGUUACAUCGAACACAACGCUCAAGCAUUCAACGAGCCCGGAGCGUUCAUCGUCACCACCGCCAAGUUUGUCUCUGACCUCAUCCUGCAUUUCAUUAAGGACCAAAGCAUGACAGACAUCAUGCCACAUUAUAAAACUAUGAAGAAGGCCACCUUCUCUGACUCCGAGGACGAGGAUGAUGAGGAGGAGGAUGAAGAUACCAAUACUCCUGGAACAUCCACGAGAAACCAUAAGGGUCGUCGACCCACACAGCGGCAACUGCGAACGCGCCCCCCUUCAUACGACCCUCAUGCGUGGAAGGGCCGCUGUAAGGAGCUGCUGGAUCUCAUCUUUCAGUGUGAAGACUCGGAGCCCUUCAGAGAACCUGUGGACCUACAGGAAUACCCCGACUACCUUCAAAUUGUUGACUUGCCAAUGGACUUCAGCACCGUCCUCAAAACGCUCAAAGAAGGAAAGUACCAAUCUCCCAUUAAGCUCUGCAAAGACGUCCGGCUCAUUUUCAGCAACUCCAAAGCUUACACGCCCAGUAAGAAGUCCCGGAUCUACAGCAUGAGUCUGAGGCUCUCGGCUCUGUUUGAGGAGCACGUCAGCUCCAUUCUGGCUGACUACAAGGCCAUCCAUGGUCUGACAGAUAAAAUGACCAGGCAGAGCACCGACAGACAGACAAAACACACAACGGACAGACAGACACGGCAUGCAAUGAAGCGCAGGAGGAGGAGGAGUGAAUCUCCAGCAAGCAGCACGGCAUCCAGUCCGGAGAGGAAGAGACGUGUAUCAUCCAGGGUGACCGCGAGAAGGGAACCGUCGCCGCCCCCUUCACGGCCCCCCUCUCUGAGACAGAUCGUCCCCGCCAAACAGCCCCCUCAGCUGGUCAACGGGAAGGCAGACAGUCCAGCAGCAGGACGAACACGGAGUGCAGCACGCCAUUCUACACACUCUCCACCCUCCUCAUCUUCAUCACAUAAUGCCACUAGCAGCACUCAGAGCGCAGCAGAGUCUACUCGUUCCUUGAGGGCUCACACCUCUGUGUCAGCAAUGCCACCGGCUCCUGAGAAGCCCUCUCCAGCAGCGGAGGAUAGCAGAGGAGGAAGCACCCGGAGGAAACUCAGGACUCCUGUACGACUUACAGCUGGCUCUCCUACUGGCCCUCCAACCCAGAGCACAGUCCACCUGAAUGGCCACAGUAGUCAUGUGACCCUGGGAAUGGGGAGGCGGGGGCGUAGAUCCAGAGUGGAGCCACCAGUGAGUCCUCCAGAAGUCACGACUCCAGAGAGCCCCUCCAGACCCCGGGGCCGCCCUCCCGGCAAGAAGAAAGGCAGGAAGAGCAAUCAGGACCCGGAGGAGGGGGGGAGGAGAAAGAACCGCAGAAGCUCCACCCCUGAUGAUGAUCCUGACCAAUCAACGGGGGACGAAGGCGGGGCGUCUUCAGCGCAGGAAACACCCGUGCUGUCGGACUCUGGCAUGCCGUCAACGCCUAGGCGGCGCGGUCGGCCCAGAGCGGUAAGAACUGAUGAAGCCCCGCCCCCUGAGGAGAGGACUGGGUCCCCUGAGCCCUCAAUGCUGAGGAGGAGCAGCAGGAGAGCCAUCGAGGAGGUCACGCCUCCUUCGCAGGCGGCCAAUCAGCGACCCAAUCGGAGAGAGUCUUCACAGGGAGAGGAAGAGGAAGAGGAAGGAGAAGGAGAAGGGGAAGCGGACGAGGCGGGGGGGUCCAUGCGCACACGUAACCAGGGGCGACGGUCCGCCUGGUACGUGGAGGAGGACUCAGAGGAGGAGCAGAGGCAGCUGCUGUUUGAGGACUCGUCAAUCACAUUUGGCACAUCCUCAAAGGGGCGUGUCCGAAAGCUGACGGAGAAGGCCAAAGCCAAUCUCAUUGGCUGGUAACAGAGCAGAUACACAGGAAGUCAGGAGGAGGAAUCUGCAGUAGAUUUCUCGCAUCAGAGGAGGCUGAGUAGACGGAGUCAUGAUUGAGAAAUGCAUCCGUGUGUGUGCGUCUGGGGAGUUGCUCGUCCAGCUGCUGCUAUUCAUAACCGUGGCGAUGAAGACAAACAACAGCGCACUUAUCUGUCCACUCCUCCUAGCUCUGGGCCCAGUGAGCACAUCGCUCCACUGAAACGCAUGUUCAUCCUGUUCCAACUCGUCCUGCAUUAUUGGUCCAUGUUGGAUCCCACAGGAGCCCACUGACUCCCCUGCUGGUGGUCUCGUUCCUGUCCAGUGAACCACUCUUCACCUCCGUCUGCCCUUAAACACUGUUGGUGUCAGACCGGGCUAAACAGUAGUGGAACGGUUUUAGUACUUGAAAAAUAAUCAUGAGGAGAGCUGGAUGUAUCUUACUAUUUCCCGAGUUUCUCUGGUGGGUAGGUCAUAUGCCAACC